AUGGAUGAUCAACUACAACAAUCAAACAGUAUGUUGAAUGAGAAUAAGAAUCAUCAAAUCUCACUUGAUCAUCUCGAACAACAGAAAGGACAAGAGAUAGAACAAAGUAAUCAGAUUAGUGCUGGUUCGACUGAUAUACAACAACAAUCAUACACAAUACAACCUAAAUCACAACCUAUAUCAAUACAAUCUACACCUUCCUCAUCACCUAAACAACCUAUUUAUAAAAAGAAACAUUCAAAUUAUAAUAGAAUGUAUAAUAUUUAUUCAUCAUCACAAAUUAAUCCAAAUUAUUCAUCAACAAAUUUAUCAAAAAUUACACAUAAUAAUAAUAAUAGUAACAAUGGUCCUUAUACACAUUAUAAUGAUUCAAAUGUUUCAAUAAAUUCAAUUCCAAUUGCAUUACCAUCACCUCCAUUAUCAUCUGUUAAUUCAUUUGUAUCAAUGAAAAAUAUUUAUAAUUUACCAUUAUCUCCACCAUAUUCUGAAUCAAAUUCUCCUGAACCUUCAAAAUUAGAUUAUAAUAAUUUAAAAGAAUUAAAUGAAAAAUUAUUACAAGAAACUUUUAUUAAUGAGAGUAGUAGUAAGACCAAUUAUUUAAAUAAAAUAAGAGAUAUUAUACCACCUAUAAAUUUUAAAAUAUGUUCAUUAUGUUUUAUUUGGUAUUUUUUUUCAAUAAUAUCAUCAAAUUCAAUAAAAUUAAUUUUAAAUAAUUAUAAAUAUCCAAUAACUGUUACUCAAUUUCAAUUUUCAUUUAAUAUUUUAUUAAGUUUAAUUUUGUUAGUUUUAUCAAAUAAUUUUAAAUUUAUUAAUAAAAUUAUUCCACAGAGUACAUUACCUACAAAUAAAUCAAUCAAGAGCUUUAUAAAACCUACAAAAUUAAUACUUAUAACCACUAUACCUAUGGGAUGUUUUCAAUUUAUUGGUCAUUUAACUAGUCAUAAAGCAACUUCAAUGAUUCCUGUUUCUUUAGUUCAUACAAUAAAAGCAUUAAGUCCAAUUGUAACAGUAUUUAUAUAUCGAAUUUUAUUUAAAAAACAAUAUAAAUUAAGAACUUAUUUAACUUUAAUACCUUUAAUUAUAGGUAUAAUGAUGACAUGUUAUAAACCAAAAAAAUCAAAAGUCAUACCUGGUCAAAUUAUAAAUCCUGAACAAAAUAAAAAUAAUAAUUAUAUAAUUGGUUUAACUUUUGCAUUUUGUUCAAUGUUAAUAUUUGUAAGUCAAAAUAUUUUUGCCAAAAAUAGAUUAACAUCAGCUAAUACAACCACCUCCACAGCAAAUUCAUUAGAAAUUCCUAUGUCAAAAGCAGGUACAAAAAAAUUAGAUAAUUUAACAAUAUUAUAUUAUUGUUCAAUAGUUGGAUUUAUUUUCACUUUCCCAAUAUAUUUAACUUCUGAAAUUUUUAAUCUAAAUUUUUCAUUAAUUCAGCUAAAUUUCAAAAUUUUAUGCUUAAUUUCAAUCAAUGGAUUAAGUCAUUUUUUUCAAUCUAUAUUAGCUUUUCAAAUAUUAGGAUUAUUAUCUCCAAUAGAUUAUACAAUUGCAAAUAUUUUAAAAAGGAUAUUUAUAAUAUUUAUAAGUUUUAUUUGGGAAUUAAAAAAUUUUACAAAUAUGCAAUCUUUAGGGUUAUUUUUUACUUUAUUUGGAUUAUAUUGUUAUGAUCGUUGGGGUACUCAACGAAAAGAUAUGAAGAAUAUAGUUCAUUAA